AUGGAAAGUAAAUCCUUCAUUGCCGAAGAUGAUGUAUGCACCUUAUUGUUUAGCGUUGUUCCUAUUAGCUGUUCUUUGUUUGUGGAUCAGCCUGGUCUCACAGGCACUCCACCUCUGGGACAAUACAUCCCUUAUGUAAUGUGGAAUAUUCAAUCUUUGAGCAUUUCCAAGAACCUCUACUGUUCUGAUGGUUUCGGUGAUAUCCAAAGUGAGGUUAUGGAGGAUGUGAUAUCUGAUGAUUAA